GAGCAUCCCCUUAUCAUCCUCUGCUUCUCUGUAGUAGGACGUUCGUAUUGAGAAGGAUUAGGCAGCAGCACGCGCGCGCGAUGGCGGAGGGGAUCGCAUUCGAAUUGGUGACGGGAGUGCUGGGCAAGCUGGGCUCCGCUCUCGGGGACGAAAUCGGGCUGCUGCGGAGCUUCAAGGACGACGCGGACGACCUCCGAAGCAACUUCUCUGCGAUCCAGGCGGUGCUUCUCGACGCCGAGGAGCGAAGCAGCGCUGGGAAGGAGAGCCACGCUCUGCGCGACUGGCUGCGCAAACUGAAGGACGCCGCCUACGACGCCGACGACCUGCUGGACGAGAUCCGGACGCAACAGCAGUACCCCGAGGUGCAGAAUCAUCAACACCAGCCAGCUGGAAAGGUACGUGGAUUUCUGUCCCGCGCUAAUCCGAUGCAUCUGAAGUUUAAGGUCAAGAUGGCGCACAGGAUGAAAGCGCUCAGAGAAAAGAUCGGUAAGAUCGCGAAACAGAGGCAUGAUUUCGGUCUUGCCGAAGCUGGCCCUCUUGGACAGGCUGAGUUCAAGCGCCCUGAGACAUUCUCGGUCGUCGACGAAAAGACAAUAGUGGGGAGAGAUGGUGAUAAAGAGGAAAUUGUGAACCUUCUCCUAGAGACUAACAGCGAUCACGACGUGUCGGUCAUUCCGAUCGUGGGAUUGGGGGGAUUGGGGAAGACGACGCUUGCUCAGCUGGCCUACAACGACGAGCGGGUUACGGACGAGCUGGUUACGGGCCAGAAGCGCUUUGAUCUACGGGUGUGGGUCUGCGUGUCUACCGAUUUCCACAUGAAGACGAUUGCAAAGCCGGUGAUAUCUGCAGCUGGAGAAAAUUGUGCUCUUGAUAACUCGGAUGCCGUUGCCACUUGCCUUGUCAGGAUCUUUAGCCAGAAGAGAUUUUUGCUGGUGCUGGAUGAUGUAUGGAACGAAGAUCAGAAUAAGUGGAAGGAAUUGAAUGUUGUAUUUAAGAACAGCAAGAAGGGAAGUAAAGUCUUAGUGACCACGCGGAGCGAAAAGGUUGCCGAGAUAAUGAAAACAGUCAAACCGCACCGUGUGAAAGGCUUAUCAGAUGAUGAUUGUUGGACAUUGUUCAAAAGACGGGUAUUCGAUGAUGGGGAAGAGAACUACUAUCCGAGUUUGGUCGCAAUCGGAAAGCAGAUAGUUAAGAAGUGCGGCGGUGUGCCGUUAGCAGCAAAUGCUUUAGGAAGUAUGAUGCGCUUUAAGAGCAGGACAGAGGAUGCAUGGUCCGCUAUUAGAGAUAGCGAAAUUUGGAGUCUGAAAGAAGAGAAAACUAUUUUACCAUCGUUAAAGUUGAGCUACAUUCAGAUGCCGUCGGCUUUGAAGCAGUGCUUUUGUGACGCCCCAACUUCCCAGGAGGUCACCCAUCCUAGGACUACUCCCGUCCUAGCACGCUUAACUCUCUUAACCUCUUAGGCCUUGCUACCACCCAAAAUGCUUAAGCUGGGUUAAGAGUUUAGCCCUAUUAUAUCUUGUAUAUAGGACUACCCGGGGUCUCACAGCUUUGCUUACUGCUCCAUAUUCCCCAAAGACUAUGAGAUUGACAAGGAUGACUUG